AUGCCUCGUUCUCCCAGUCGAUAUGAUAAGGACCGUCGGGAUCGUGAUCGUGACCGGCAUCGAUCUCAAAAAGAUCAUUCUAGUGAAGUGUCAAAAAUGAAGGAAAAGAUGCGUCACAAUCUGGAGACCGCCCGUUCGUCUGGAAUUUCUGAUUUUUCGAAUUUUUCCGCCCAAAAAUCACAGAAAUACGAAGAAAUGACGCCGGCGGAGCAUUUGGCGAGGACUAAAGCGAUUGAGGAGAUUGAAGAAGGCGGAUUUCAAGUGGGAACAUUCAAAAGUGGAACGACGGCGAAAAAAGACCAAAAAUCGAAAAAAGAGACGUCUCACGACGCGGCGAUUUUCGGACCUGCGUGGAAGUCGGCUGAGCAGAGAAAAGCUAUCGAAAAGAAAGAAUCCGACAUCUCCACAAUCACCCUUCCCACCGCCCCAACUCCACCAAUGAAUUCGAUGGCUCCGAUGGUUCCGAGUCAUAUGAACUCCGAGCAUAUGACAACACGAAAAGCCGAGUGGAAAGCGUAUUGGAGCACUCUCCGACACCAAUUGAUCACUGAAAAUUAUUGA